CCCGGCUGCUCACAGUGUCAGACAUGCAGCCGUUUACUUUGAUCGCUGGGUUUCUUCUCCUGCUCUACAUCUCCUCUGGCAGCACACAAACGUAUAGGCACCUUCGUCAAGUCCCCACUGGAAACCAGCCAGGCGUGUGUCGUUAUGGCAGGAGACUUGAGUGUUGCUAUGGCUGGAAGAAAAACAGUAAAGGGCAGUGCGAGGCUCAGUGUGAGCACGGCUGCAAACAUGGAGAGUGUGUUGGCCCCAACAGAUGCAAGUGUUUCCCUGGAUACACCGGAAAAACGUGUAAUCAAGAUCUGAACGAGUGUGGCCUGAAACCUCGUCCUUGUGAGCAUCGCUGCAUGAACACCCAUGGUAGUUACAAGUGCUACUGCCUCAAUGGAUACAUGCUCAUGCCUGAUGCAUCUUGUACCAAUUCCAGGACCUGCUCACUGGCUCACUGUCAGUACGGCUGUGAGAACGUUGAGGGGGAGAUCCGCUGCCUCUGCCCGUCUCCAGGUCUUCAGCUGGGACAAGAUGAAAGAACAUGUGUAGAUAUCGAUGAAUGUACAACUGGCAAGAACCUCUGCCCUUACAACAGACAAUGUGUGAACACCUUUGGCAGCUACUACUGUAAAUGCCAGGAUGGCUACGAUCUGAAAUAUGUCAACAACAAAUACGACUGUGUAGAUGUUGAUGAGUGUGCAGCUGAAAGCCACAAGUGCAGCCACCAUGCUGUGUGUCUGAACACUCGUGGGUCCUACAAGUGCAAGUGCAAGUCUGGCUUCAGAGGCAACGGCUUUGAGUGCUCCGUCAAACCAUUUUAUCAGAGACGGUGGGAUGGAGACAAAGGCAGUGCAGAUGAUUUCAUCAAUGCCAUCCCGGACUCCCAAGUGAGGCCUUGGAUCCUGGGAGGUAAGCCGAGCAAUGAGGACAUCAAAAACACCAUCCCUGAAACAGUCGCAACGCCGCCUCCCCAUCAGCCUUUCGACUACGACAGAGAGGUCUACAUCGGCCCCCAGACGGAGGACAGAGAAAAUACAUUUCCUGGGCAGGAAGUGAAGGAGGAGGAAGAGGAAGAAAACCAGCUCCUUCCAAGAGGAGAUGUUUUCGAAGACUUUGAGUCCGUGUUUGGCCCAGCAACAGAAAUAAAAGAAAUUCAAGUUGAUCCACCUCAGCAAGAAUAUACCAUGGACUGCAACUUUGAUCAAGGAGCGUGUGAAUGGGUUCAAGACAGGACUGACGACAUAGACUGGACUGUGGCAUAUCAUGAUAAUGGUGCUGAGUAUUACAUGGCACUGAGCGGGCUGCUUGGGGAGCAAGAAGAGGUGGCCAAGCUGAAGCUGCUUCUCAGCGACCAGCCACAACAGGGCAGCUUUUGUCUCACCUUUGACUACCGUGUGGUUGGCCAUAAUGUGGGCUCACUCCGGGUGCUGCUGGAUAACAAUGCUUACCCAGUGUGGGAGCAGACCCAAAGCAAACACCAGAGCUGGCAGACAGAGCUCCUCACCGUGGCCUGGAAAGAUGAAGCACCAAAAUCUAUUAUCUUUGAAGCUCAGCGUGGGAAGGGCGUCGGAGGUGAGAUAGGGCUGGACAAUGUUGUGUUGACUUCAGGGACCUGUCAAGAGGAUCUAGGUCCAGUCUUUUAGGAAUCCUCAACUUGGAUCAAAAAUUAUGCACACAUGUCAAGGAUUCCUCAUCUCUAAUAACCACAGCACAAUCAAAAGAAAACAAAUAUCUACAAAGGGUGCACACUGUGUUGCUACGUCAGUCCACCCUGCUACACUCUAUAUUUUGAAUUUCUAGUUAGUCUUAUGAAAUACAGAUAACUCAGAUCUCAGGAACAGGUGGAAGAGCUGACUGUUAGAUGGGUUUGACAGUAUUGUGCUGAAGUAAACCAAAUAAAUAUUAAUGAAAUGCAAUGUGAAUGUAUUGCACUUAUCAUAAAU